ACCAAAACUCAUCGCUGUACACACAUACAUACAAUUUUCCGACGCACAAUGAAUUUUUCCAUCGGCAACUUGUCCGCCAAUUCAUUCUUUGUCCUUUUCAAGACGAUCCAGACCAUCAGCUAUACGGUGGACCCGCUGAUCCGCUUCGGCUACAUCAUUGUGGUCAGUUCCAAGGGUUGGUUUGCUGCAAAGGCGUAUGGUGAUUCGGUCUAUUCCAUUGAUGAGGACGGCGAGAUCCAUUGCCGCCAGUUCUUUGAGAACGGAUUCUUCCCUAUGUUUAUUGCAAACUUUGCCGUGAACCAGAACAUCACUGCUCUUAACGAUAUGAAAACAGGGCUACGGAUGGACAGCCCGGAUCAAACCGUCCCCAGGCUUCUUCGCCAAACUCCCCACGGCAUGGAAUCGCUGUCAAGGCGCCUCAGUAUUCUUCAGUGCUAUUAGUGCUUGUUAUUCUAUUGUAUAAAACGCUCACUCUGUCAAAAUACAUCCUUAC